UAAGGACCCCAAACAGCGUCGGGUCGUCGUUGCUUCUCAUUGAAAUGUUGGGAAACCAAUUUUUCUAAAAACAUCCGUUAAAAUCAAAACCAUCACAGCGUCACUAGUGGGGUACCACUCACGAAGAGCCAUGUUUCUGUACAACAUUACCCUCCAGAGGGCAACUGGCAUCACCCAUGCCAUCCAUGGGAAUUUUUCAGGAACUAAGAUGCAGGAGAUUGUGGUUUCCCGGGGGAAAAUCUUGGAGUUAUUAAGACCAGAUGCAAACACUGGGAAAGUGCACACCUUGCUAACUGUGGAAGUGUUUGGGAUUGUCAGGUCUUUGAUGGCAUUUAGAUUAACAGGAGGAACUAAAGAUUAUAUUGUUGUUGGCAGUGACAGUGGGCGCAUUGUGAUUUUGGAGUAUCACUCUUCAAAAAACAUUUUUGAGAAAAUCCACCAAGAGACAUUUGGAAAAAGUGGUUGCAGGCGCAUUGUCCCUGGACAAUUCCUGGCAGUUGAUCCUAAAGGCAGAGCUGUCAUGAUUGGGGCCAUAGAAAAACAGAAGUUGGUUUACAUUCUGAACAGGGACGCUGCUGCUAGACUUACAAUCUCAUCUCCCUUGGAAGCUCACAAAGCAAAUACUCUUGUGUACCAUGUAGUAGGAGUUGAUGUUGGAUUUGAAAAUCCCAUGUUUGCUUGUCUUGAAAUGGAUUAUGAGGAAGCUGACAAUGAUCCUACUGGUGAAGCGGCUGCUAAUACACAGCAAACCCUCACCUUUUAUGAACUUGAUCUGGGAUUAAACCACGUAGUACGUAAAUAUAGUGAAGCUUUGGAAGAGCAUGGAAAUUUUCUCAUCACUGUUCCUGGUGGGUCAGAUGGUCCUAGUGGUGUCUUGAUCUGCUCAGAAAAUUAUAUAACAUACAAAAACUUUGGAGAUCAGCCUGACAUUCGUUGUCCCAUCCCACGACGCAGGAAUGACUUGGAUGAUCCUGAACGGGGCAUGAUUUUUGUGUGCUCAGCCACUCACAAAACAAAGUCCAUGUUCUUCUUUCUGGCACAAACUGAACAAGGCGACAUCUUUAAAGUUACUUUAGAAACAGAUGAAGAAAUGGUCACAGAAAUCAGACUGAAGUACUUCGAUACAAUUCCAGUGGCAACAGCAAUGUGUGUCUUAAAAACUGGAUUUUUAUUUGUUGCCUCAGAGUUCGGAAAUCAUUAUCUCUAUCAGAUUGCUCACUUGGGGGAUGAUGAUGACGAGCCAGAGUUUUCCUCUGCUAUGCCAUUGGAGGAGGGAGACACAUUCUUUUUCCAGCCUCGUGCUCUUAAGAACUUGGUGUUGGUGGAUGAACUAGAGAGUUUAUCGCCAAUAAUGUCAUGCCAGAUUGCUGAUCUGGCUAAUGAAGACACUCCUCAGCUGUAUGCUGCAUGUGGAAGAGGGCCAAGGUCUACCCUGAGAGUCCUCAGACAUGGUUUAGAGGUUUCAGAGAUGGCUGUUUCAGAGCUGCCAGGUAAUCCAAAUGCUGUGUGGACUGUACGCAGGCAUGUGGAAGAUGAGUUUGAUGCGUACAUCAUUGUAUCUUUCGUAAAUGCCACUUUGGUCUUGUCUAUCGGAGAGACUGUUGAAGAAGUGACAGAUUCAGGCUUCUUGGGAACCACACCAACACUGUCUUGCUCAUUACUUGGUGAAGACGCACUAGUCCAGGUUUACCCCGAUGGAAUCCGUCAUAUUAGAGCCGAUAAGCGUGUGAAUGAGUGGAAAACACCUGGUAAGAAAACCAUAGUGCGCUGUGCUGUCAACCAAAGGCAAGUGGUCAUUGCCCUUACUGGAGGUGAGCUGGUCUACUUUGAGAUGGACCCGUCAGGACAACUGAAUGAGUACACUGAGCGAAAGGAGAUGUCUGCUGAUGUGGUGUGUAUGAGCCUUGCUAAUGUCCCACCCGGUGAGCAGCGCUCCAGGUUCUUGGCUGUUGGUCUUGUAGACAAUACUGUUCGGAUUAUCUCUCUGGAUCCUUCGGACUGUCUCCAGCCGCUGAGUAUGCAGGCCCUGCCAGCUCAGCCUGAGAGUUUGUGUAUUGUAGAAAUGGGAGGAGUAGAGAAACAGGAUGAACUUGGAGAAAAGGGAUCAAUUGGUUUUCUUUACCUUAACAUCGGACUUCAGAAUGGAGUGCUACUACGGACGGUGUUGGACCCAGUUACUGGUGAUCUCUCUGAUACCAGAACUCGUUACCUAGGUUCACGACCAGUCAAGCUCUUCAGAGUCAGAAUGCAGGGGCAGGAGGCUGUGCUGGCCAUGUCGAGUCGCUCCUGGCUGAGUUACUCUUAUCAGUCCCGCUUCCACCUGACCCCUCUGUCCUAUGAGACUCUGGAGUAUGCUUCUGGUUUUGCCUCAGAGCAGUGUCCUGAAGGCAUUGUGGCCAUUUCCACUAACACUCUCAGGAUUUUAGCACUGGAGAAACUAGGUGCUGUCUUCAACCAGGUGGCCUUUCCCGUUCAAUACACUCCCAGAAAGUUUGUAAUUCAUCCAGAGACAAAUAACCUUGUUUUGAUUGAGACCGACCACAACGCCUACACAGAGGCAACCAAAGCUCAGAGAAAGCAACAGAUGGCUGAGGAGAUGGUGGAAGCUGCUGGGGAGGACGAGAGGGAACUGGCUGCUGAAAUGGCUGCUGCUUUUCUUAAUGAGAAUCUCCCAGAGGCCAUUUUUGGCUCUCCCAAAGCAGGGACUGGUCAGUGGGCAUCACUGGUGAGACUGGUCAACCCCAUACAAGGAACAACACUGGACCAAGUGCAGCUAGAGCAGAAUGAAGCUGCUUUCAGCGUUGCAGUGUGCCGCUUCCCAAAUACCAGCGAUGACUGGUUUGUCCUUGUCGGUGUGGCCCGAGACAUGAUCUUGAACCCCAGGUCAGUGGGCGGGGGCUUUAUCUACACCUAUCGGCUCAUUGGAGGUGGAGAGAAGCUGGAGUUUGUACACAAGACCCCUGUUGAGGAUGUACCACUAGCCAUUGCUCCAUUUCAAGGGCGUGUCCUGGUUGGAGUUGGGAAGCUGCUUCGAAUCUACGACUUGGGCAAAAAGAAGCUGCUGAGGAAAUGUGAAAACAAGCAUGUGCCUAACCUGGUGACAGGCAUCUAUACCAUUGGCCAGCGUGUCAUUGUGUCGGACGUCCAGGAGAGUCUGUUCUGGGUCCGUUACAGGCGCAAUGAGAACCAGCUCAUUAUCUUUGCUGACGACACAUACCCGCGAUGGGUCACUACUGCCUGCCUACUGGACUACGACACUAUGGCUUCUGCUGACAAGUUUGGAAAUAUCAGUAUUGUCCGGCUCCCCCCGAACACCAGUGACGAUGUAGAUGAAGACCCCACAGGCAACAAAGCCCUAUGGGACAGAGGUCUUCUUAAUGGAGCUUCCCAGAAGGCUGAUGUGAUUGUUAAUUACCACGUCGGGGAGACUGUGCUGUCUCUCCAAAAAACCACUCUGAUUCCUGGAGGCUCUGAGUCGCUUGUCUACACCACACUAUCGGGAGGAAUUGGUAUUUUGGUGCCCUUCACAUCACAUGAGGAUCAUGACUUUUUCCAGCAUUUAGAGAUGCACAUGCGCUCUGAGUUCCCUCCACUAUGUGGCAGAGAUCACCUCAGCUUUAGAUCCUACUAUUUCCCUGUAAAGAAUGUGAUCGAUGGAGAUCUGUGUGAACAGUUCAACAGUAUGGACCCUCAUAAACAGAAGAGCGUGGCUGAGGAGUUGGACAGAACUCCACCUGAAGUCUCAAAGAAGCUGGAAGACAUUCGUACUCGUUACGCUUUCUAAAUGUGCAUUCACGAGUACUGCUUUGACAAGGCAAUAUCACUUGCACCCCAUUGAGAUAGUUUCUUUGAAAAAGACUGAUUUAUGAACAGUGAGGAUGUCUGUCUAAGCCAAUAGCAGGUGACUUUGAUUUUUGUUUCACAAUUCAUUUUAUACAUAUUGAAAGUAUGUGGUGCACAUGUCUAGAAAUGUAUGUAAACGGAGAAUUUUCUCAGAUCUUUACAUUUUUAAAUUCACUUUUACCACAGAAAGAAAGGAUGUACACAUCUUUGACUGGCAAUUUACCAGACUUCAAAAUGUCAUGUUUAGACAAAAAAAUUUUUAUCAACAUUUGUUCAAAUGUGUUUAGAACAUUAGAAUACCUUUCUUACUCUACUGGCCCCUAAUUAUGCCAGUGCUUACUAAACAGAAGCCUACCAGUGACCCAGUCUUGGUCACAUUUUGCGGCACGAUGGCAGAGCUCACUCAGACUAAAUAAGUGGGUGGAAGGACACUGAAGGUUUGUGUUGGGUGGUGUUCUUCUCUGUGCUGAAAAUUCCCAACCUCAGUCACAAGCAUUCCAACAUAGUCACAGAAUUUAGGGCUUUGUGGAACGAGGCAGUGGUCUGUUGUGUAAAUAAAGUUGUUUUUGUACUUUAUAA